UGCUUGGCAACAUUGUCCGGUUGUCGUGCGUGGAUCCCAGGAUCAGUCGUGUUUGAUUCCUUUCGUUUUCCUUUUGCAGCAUUUAUAUAAUUUAAAAUACACAUGUUUACAGAACUAUUUUAUGAGGUUCCGUUAAAAUCUUUUAGUGCUAUACAUGGACUAGUUAACUGAAAUAUGAAGUGCUCUGUGCUUUGAUAUCGUGAUAUUGCAAUUUUGGAGGUAAAAUGCCCGCUUCCAUUUGCGACCCAGUAACAAGCGCAUUGCGUUUGUCUCUUACCCCAGACGAAUCCCAAAGUUCUUCAUUGUUGGAUAGUAGACUCUACUCAUCAGCUAAAAGCGUGCUUCUGUCUAAGAUUGAGUUUGAAGAAUCUGGUGAUUAUCAAAGUAAUGUUCUCGACGGACUGAAAUCUAAGUACGUGGUGAUCCGACCUAAAAAAACAGUGCAUGAUAAUAAACUACUGAAAAAAGAGUGUAAUUCUGCCGGCCAAGCUUCAGAAAACAACAAAAAUGUGGAAGAUGGAUUACCUAAACCCAAAAGGGUUUUAUUUCCUGUUGAAAAAGUACACUUGGGAUGGCAAAAUGCAUGGGCGGCUGGUGCCGGCAUGCAAAAUGUGGGUAACACAUGCUAUUUGAAUUCUACCCUGCAGGCUCUGUUCCAUGUGCCUGCUUUUGCAAACUGGCUGGUUAUGGAAGUGACCCAUGCUGAGAAAUGUAAUCAACAAGAAGCCUGUGUGAUAUGCGGAAUGCGCGCCACUCUGAUGGCUACACAGAAGAGCGGUGGAGCACCAAUUAAGCCCUGGCAGGUUUACUCCAAGUUACGCCUCAUUUGUAGACACCUCACUCCAGGCAGGCAAGAGGAUGCACAUGAGUUUUUAAGGUACCUGGUGGAAGCUAUGGAAAAAUGCUAUUUGAAUCGGUUUGUUAACCAUGACAAAUUGGAACAAUAUAGCAAGGAGACAACUCCAUUGAAUCAAAUUCUGGGUGGAUACUUGAGAUCCACAGUCAGGUGUCUUGCAUGCCACCAUUUAUCAACCACCUACCAGCAUUUUGAGGACUUACUAUUAGAUAUAAGAAAACACUCAACAUUAGAUGAAGCAUUAGAUUCCUUUUUUUCUCGAGAAAGGUUAGAAGAUUUAGGUUACAAAUGUGAGGCAUGCAAUAAAAAGGUAUCAGCCACUAAACAGUUUUUUAUUGAGCGCGCUCCUAUGGUGCUCUGUAUAGCAUUAAAACGGUUCUCACUGGCUGGCGGGAAGCUCUCCAAACAUGUGCAAUUUAGAAAGAAGAUUACCUUAAACAAAUAUAUGUACAACAAAAGUCAUCAACAGUUGUCAUAUAAACUAGUAAGUUUAGUCACUCACCUUGGACCUUCACAAAAUUGUGGCCAUUACACUGCUAUAGGGCAAGCACCAAAUGGGAAUUAUUACCAAUUUGAUGACAGUUGUGUUCGACCCUUACCCCUGUCCGCUGUGCUGGGCACAAAUGCUUAUAUUAUGUUCUUUGAAAAAGACAACACCACAGAGGAAACAUCCACCUCGGCGGCCUCUUCCUCGAGUGUGGUGUAUGGCCCACAGCUACCAGAUAAUAUCCUUAAUAGAGAAAAAAGUCCUUUGAAACUAACUUUCUAUAGAAAUGAUGAGAGAAAGCCAGUUCUCCUUAAUAGCACUUCAGUGGAAGUUUCUAAACAAGAAAACAAACCCAUAAUUCUAAAUAGUACACUGGGAAAGUCAUCAGAGUCCAGUAACUCCAAUUCUGAACCUUGGGUUGUAAAACAAAAUGGUGAAGUAGAGAAAAUUGUGCAGCCUCCAAAAAUUCUGAAUGGCAUAGAAAAGAAUGGCAAUAAAGUGGACGACGAUAAGAAGAUAAGUUUCGUAAUCAAGCGUCAGAAUGGUGACGACUGCCAAGUUAAACCCAAGCUUUCAAAGAGCGAGUCAGACCUCAGAUCCGUCAUUAACUCAAAGAAUAUGGAAAAAUCUGCGUCAACUAGCAAGUUAAUGAAGACGCCUAAAUCGCCGCUAGAGAAAUUGGAAGAGCAGAUGAACAGGAGCGAUUCUUCAGGCGUGUCGCCCAGGAACGGCUGCACGGGAUCGAGGUUGGUCCCGUAUGAUUCCGAGUCGAGCGGAGACGAGCGCACCGAGCGGUCGCUGGCGGCGCCGAGCCGCUGCUCGUCGCCGCGCGGGCUCGUGGUGUCCACGCUGGGCCCCGCCCGCGCCUGGACCGUGCGCAGCCAGCGCCCGCUGCUCAGCCCCAGCCUGCACGGCGUCACCAGCACCAAGGUUAAAGAAAAAGAAGAGCGUCGAACCGAAAAUGAUGAAAGUCCUAACACGAGCGUCAGCAGCAUGUCUCCGCUGAGCGAUCGGAGUGGUUCGGGUGGCGCGGCGGGGGCGAAUGGGUCGGGCACGGGUGGCGGCGCCGGGACCAACGGGGCGGCGGCGGGUGGUGUGCUGGCGGGCGCCGACACGGCGCGGGCGCUGCAGGCGGGCUCGCACCGCGGCUACGGCGCGGCGGUGGCGACGUGGAAUGGCACGCACAGCGCACUCUCGCGACAGGUAUUCGAAGAGCGUCGUGAAGAGCGCAAGCGAGCUCUCGAAGCCACAGAUGAAAUGGAUCGAGGACGUAACAAGAAAGUGAAAAAGUUUCAUCACUACAAUCGCUUCAACAACAAUAGAAAUGGUUACAAUCCCUUCCAGGAAAAGCAGAACAAGCCACAUUGGGGCGGUAAUUUCAACAAAUAUCGCAAUGAACGACGCCCCUCGCACCACUUCAAUAAACAUCAUAGCAACAAGUACAAACGAUUUAACAACAGGUACAGUAACGGUCACCACUACCCCAGGCACCAUUGACCCGCGGCUGGUAUGUGCCUACUUGUUUGUGUAAAUAGAUAGCAUAUGGACUUAAAUUCAUAGUUAAUUAAGUAUUCACGGAUACGGAAAAUAGAAACAGUUCUCCAGGAGUCUAUGGUUUGCUGCCAUACUAUCAAAAACUGAGCAAUUUGUUAACACUAGUAUUAUUAUUAUUUGUAGUUGACAGAUAUUUAAAAAUUAAGAUAAAUAAGAUUAAUUACUGCCAAAUUCAGCCUUUGCCCGUAACCGCAAAUAGUGACCUCAUAAGAAGUUAUUAAAUAGUUAAAGCUAAAUUAUAUCUAAGCCAUACCGACGUUAGCUUGCAUGUUUUUCUACGGCAGUCGAAGGUUAAUUGUGUAGUUAAUGAAAUGUUAAGUUCCAUUGUACUAAGAGUAAUAUGAUCGUGAUUGGCGUAAACAAAAGUAAUAGCUAGAAAUAAGGACUUAUAUACUUAUUUAUAACAAGCCUUUUGUAAAGUAUAGAGUACUAUUCCAAGCGGUCUUUAAAUUGUUCAUUUUGAAGUAGAAGCAAAAUAAAGUAUUGCUUCAGUUGCUUACCGCGCGGGUGUGAUAACUACCCAGUGGUGUCAUUGUUGUACUAGGAGAUAUGCAAUGGGUUUUCUGCCUGAUACUUUUAGUGCAUUUUAAUUGUUUUUACAUUUAUGCCCAACUUAGUUCUGAAUAGUUAAAUUUUAAUGUAAACGAAAAGUUACGAAACUGCUUAGCUAUACCCAUUAGCUACAGAUAGUGUGAUCUUACAUAAUUAAUUUUAUUAUAUGUAUCAUUUACAUACAUUGUAGAUUUUUAUCUAUUUAGGGCAGCUGUUAUGAAAUGAGUUUUAAACACUGCUCAAAUUGUUAUUACAGUUUCUUUUUGUUGACCCCAUAUAGAAGUAGUAAAUAUCAAAUAAAAAUAUGACUGAGAGUAAUUAUGUUUUAGUAAAUUACUGUUACCUUUUAAUAUGUAUUUAUAUUUCCGUAAUAGACAAACAUUAUGCUGGUAUUCAUUGUAAUUCAUAUUACCUAAUAUAUGUAAUAUCAUUUAAUUAAGAACCUUUCCUCCUAAUUCCUUAUAUACUAAAAAAUAUACACUUUCAUCUAUAAUGUAACGUAAUACGAAAGUAUUGAAUAUGCUUACAGUUCUGUAAAAGUUUUUAUUUCAUCUUCUUCUCAACUCAUAUAUUGUUAAUGGAGAAUGUUGCUUUGUUUGAAGGGUAAUUGUAAUUGUUUAGUUUUAUAUACAAAUAAUAACGCUUGUGACAUAUACCUAAAAGAAAUAAUUUAAAUUGAAAACAAAAAAAAACUGUUUUAAUUGUCUGUAAUAUACUGCCAACACAGUUUCAAUUUCAAUAUAGGCUGCAAUUUUUUAUUUAGACACACUAUUAAGAAUGUAAUAGAGAAAUUGAUCUCUAAAAUGGAUUCCGUUCAGGGAAUAGUUAAGCAAUAAAUUAUAAUAUAUUUUCACACAUUGUUAAUUGUUAAAGAUAACGAUCCUUAAAUAGGUUUCCUUCACACAUUUAAAUAUAUUUGUCUUGUAUCUAAAAUAAUGACGAUUCUAUGAAACAAUGCGUUUUAUUUGUCCCGAUUGAAAUGAAAAUAUGUAAUAUUAAUUUGACUUCAAUAUACGUUGUAUAUAUAUUAGAAGGUAUUGUUUCUUAGAAGAGUGUCGUGGUUGUGAAGAUGUCUGGAUCUGUUUGUACGAAAGUUAGUGGGAAAAUGUUUAACGUUUGAAGAAGUCUAGGAUUCCAAGAUGGUGACAGACAACAUUAUAUAGAAGCAUUACUUCCAUUUAAAUUGACUAGCAAAUUAUGGCAGUGACGCAAUUUAAAGUGAACAAACAAAACAUUAUCACAGAA